AACAGCUGUGCCUUAAUUAGUCGUUCACCACUUAUUCUUUCUCCAGUUCAUCACAAAUGUAUUCCACCUUCUGAAAUCUCAUUCUAAUUUUAAUCUCUUUUAGUCCCUUUUCUCUAGUUUCCACAAUUCAAACAAAAUUUAGGAAAAGUAUGAUGCAUUCAGUAGGUUAUCUAUACAUAAUUAUCUGGCUUGUUGUUGUUGCUGUUGUCAUUGGAUCUGAAUCAAUUAGUACUUUAGACUCGCCAGCGAAAAGCUCAAUUGAUUCUUUACUUCAAGAAUAUGCUUUCAAGGCAUUGUCAUGGCCAAAAACCAAAACUGGUACUGCUUACAAUGGAUCUGUUCCUUCCACUUUGGCUGGGAUUAAAAUUUCAGCUUUGAUGCUUAGAAGAGAUAGCUUAAAAUGGAGAGGUUAUGGUUACUUUAAUGAAUUUAUUAUCCCAACUGGGAUCACUGAGGAGCCUCAUGUAACAAGAAUUGUUCUGGUUUACCAGAAUCUUGGUAAUUGGUCCUCAUUUUAUUAUCCUUUGCAUGGUUACACUUAUCUAACACCAGUUUUGGGUAUUUUAGCUUAUGAUGCAAUGGAUAUGUGUGCCAAAAAUAAGCCAGAAUUGCAGGUUCAUGCUUUGGAAUUUCCUAUUAAUAUUAAGUUUAGUAAUGUGCAGCCUGCACCAGAGGGGUCUUUGAUCAUGUGUGUUCAUUUUUACUCGAAUAAUUCAGUCGAAUUUGGCAAUGUAACAAAUGGAAAUGGUUGUUCAACUAGAAAACAAGGCCAUUUUGGCAUAGUUGCUGAGUUGAAAGUUGCUCCUAGUCCUUCUCCUUCUGCUGAUGGAAAUAAUAAUCAACUUAGCUCUACAGUGUGGACUAUUUCAUUGGGAUUUGUAGGUUUUGCUUUCUUGGGAAUAUUAUAUGUUGUUGCCCAAAAGUUUAUAUUAGUGGAAAGAAGAGUAGUUUUUGAAGAUUCAGCAGCAAUAAUAUUUGAGCCCUUAUUGGGGGCAGGGGCAGGGGCAGCUAUUGACCAAGCUGAGGUGACAUUGCCAUUGCCAGAGGAAGGUCCGAGCAGACGUUUGCCGGAGAGCAAUUAUGCGACUAGACCGUUGCCCGAGAACGACUAUGUGCCUCAGAUAUUAAGCAACUUCAAUCAAAAAUCUGACGAAGAAGAUGCGUUGCCGGAGAACGACUAUGAGCCUCAGACAGUCAGCAAUUUUGAUCAACAAAGUGAAGAAGAAGACGAAGAAGAUGCGUAGUGUAUGCUCAUUUUUCCUGUAUUCAAACCACUAGCUUGGUUACAGAGGUACUACUUUUUUUAUCACCUUGUAUCAUAUAAUCUAAUUUAAGGUGCAAAUUGAGGUGGCGUGGUGUAACAUAUAUAGUUCCUCAAAUUACUUUAAUUACCUUGAUUAUGUGUACGAAUUAACAGUAUCAGUUAUUGCAUUGUAUUCAUUAACUCAAACAAGCAUGAAGGUAUACUCACUGAGUCCCUGGAGGAGGAAAAUUUGUUACCUAAGACAGAAUACAAUGUUUUAUCUGUUGUUCUCCAAGUAUACC